GCCACAGAGUCAUUUCCCCUCCGGAACAGAUGGUGGCGGUAUAGUUUUAUUGUCAAAUCGAACAGGGAAAAAAGGACAUUUUCUUAUUUUUCAGUCGGUUUGUGGGAUUCUGGAGAAACAUUCAUAAUUUUUGACUUGAUUGUUCGAUAAGAGGAGGAACAUCUCCUUCCUGAGGGCCCACCAUGGCGGACAUCAAGAACUUCCUGUAUGCCUGGUGUGGGAAGAAGAAACUGACUCCCAGCUACGACAUCCGAGCUGCAGGAAAUAAGAACAGACAGAAGUUCAUGUGUGAAGUCCGAGUCGACGGCUUCAACUACAUCGGGAUGGGAAACUCCACCAACAAGAAGGACUCUCAGACCAACGCUGCCCGGGACUUUGUUAAUUAUCUGGUCCGAGUUGGAGAAAUAAGUGCAGCGGAGGUCCCAGCUGUCGGGGUGGCUCCUCCUGAAGGUGAUCAGCCUGACAGAGGAGGAGGAGACGAGAGCUUCGGAAACCUUCCUCCCAGCGGCCCACUGCCUCCUCAUCUGGUUGUUAAAGAGGAACAAGAUGAAACUGGUGCCAGUGGACCGGUUCCAGGAGUAACGGGACAGGGGUACUCAGGAGGAGGAGCUCAGUGGGAUCGAGGAGCCAACCUGAAGGAGUACUACACCCGCCGAGAUGAGCAGGAGGCUCAGGCGACUUUGGAGUCGGAGGAAGUGGAUCUGAACGCUAACCUCCACGGAAACUGGACCCUGGAGAACGCCAAGGCCCGUCUGAACCAGUUCUUCCAGAAGGAGAAAACCAGUGCUGAGUAUAAAUACAGCCAAGUGGGACCGGACCACAACAGGAGCUUCAUCGCGGAGAUGCAGCUGUUUGUGAGGCAGCUCGGCAGAAAGAUUACGGCCCGGGAGCACGGCUCCAACAAGAAGCUGGCGGCCCAGUCCUGCGCGCUCUCUGUGGUCCGUCAGCUGUACCAUCUGGGAGUCAUCGAGCCGUACUCUGGAGUCACCAAGAAGAAGGAGGGGGAGACGUUGGAGGCGUAUGAGGUCUGCGUGGCUCCUGAUCUGCAGCAGCAGUUGGCAGCGGUGGUCCAGGAGCUCGGAGUUCACAUCCCCCCCUGCCCUGCAGAUCCGAACUCUCCGGUGUCGCUGGUUCAGGGGAAGAUGGCCACAUUUGAGCCGUCUCAGAAACAGAGCACCAAUGGCGUCGUCCCCUGGUCACCUCCACAGGUCAACUGGAACCCAUGGACCAGCAGCAACAUUGAUGAGGGACCGCUGGCUUACUGCACGCCAGAGCAGAUCAGCCAGGAUCUUCAUGGUGAGCUGAUGUACCAGUUGGACCACGAUGAGGACCUGCAGAAGAUCCUGUCGGAGCGGGAUCAGCUUCCUGUCAAACACUUUGAGGAGGAGAUCAUGGCGACCAUCGAUAAGAACCCGGUGGUGAUCAUCAGAGGAGCGACAGGCUGCGGUAAAACCACGCAGGUCCCUCAGUACAUCCUGGACCGCUUCGUCAAGGGAGGCCAUGCGUCCGACUGCAACAUCGUGGUCACACAGCCCAGACGGAUCAGCGCCGUCUCUGUUGCUGAACGAGUCGCCUACGAGAGAGGAGAGGAUCUUGGGAAAAGCUGUGGCUACAGCGUCCGCUUUGAGUCCGUUCUGCCCCGACCGCACGCCAGCGUCCUCUUCUGCACCGUUGGUGUUCUUCUUCGGAAGCUGGAAGCUGGGAUCCGAGGAAUCAGUCACGUCAUCGUUGAUGAGAUCCACGAGAGAGACAUCAACACGGACUUCCUCCUGGUGGUCCUCAGGGAUGUGGUCCAAGCCUUCCCGGAUGUCCGCAUCAUCCUGAUGUCGGCCACCAUCGACACCACCAUGUUCAUGGAAUACUUCUUCAACUGCCCCAUCAUCGAGGUGUUUGGACGCACUUUCCCUGUUCAAGAGUACUUCCUGGAAGAUUGCAUCCAGAUGACCAACUUUGUCCCACCACCGAUGGACCGAAAGAAGAAGGACAAGGAUGAGGAUGGAGGAGAAGAUGAUACCAACUGUAACCUGAUCUGUGGUCCUGACUACACGCCGGAGACGAAGCGCUCCAUGGCUCAGAUCAACGAGAAGGAGACGUCCUUCGAGCUGGUGGAGGCUCUGCUGAAGUACAUCGAGACCCUGAAGGUGUCCGGUGCUGUGCUGGUCUUCCUGCCUGGCUGGAACCUCAUCUACUCCAUGCAGAGGCACCUGGAGACCAACCCUCACUUCGGAAGUAGCCGGUACCGCAUCCUGCCGCUGCAUUCCCAGAUCCCCAGAGAGGAGCAGAGGAGGGUGUUCGAUUCGGUUCCUGACGGCGUCAUCAAGAUCAUCCUGUCCACCAACAUCGCUGAGACCAGCAUCACCAUCAACGACGUCGUCUACGUCAUCGACUCCUGCAAGCAGAAGGUGAAGCUCUUCACGUCCCACAACAACAUGACCAACUACGCCACCGUCUGGGCCUCCAAGACCAACCUGGAGCAGAGGAAAGGCCGAGCCGGCAGAGUCCGAGCCGGAUUCUGCUUCCACCUGUGCAGCCGCGCUCGGUUCGACAGGCUGGAGACCCACAUGACCCCAGAGAUCUUCAGGACGCCUCUGCACGAGGUCGCUCUGAGCAUCAAGCUGCUGAGGCUCGGAGGCAUCGGAAACUUCCUGUCCAAGGCCAUCGAGCCGCCGCCGCUGGACGCCGUCAUCGAGGCGGAAUACACGCUGAGAGACCUGGACGCCCUGGACUCGAACGAUGAGCUGACUCCUUUGGGUCGGAUUCUGGCCCGGCUGCCGAUCGAGCCUCGGCUGGGGAAGAUGAUGAUCAUGGGCUGCAUCUUCCAUGUUGGAGACGCCAUGUGCACCAUCUCAGCCGCUUCCUGUUUCCCGGAGCCUUUCAUCAACGACGGGAAGCGUCUCGGAUUCGUCCACAGGAACUUCGCCGGGACUCGCUUCUCGGAUCACGUUGCGCUGCUGUCGGUCUUCCAGGCCUGGGAUGAAGUCAGGAUUAAUGGCGAGGAGGCUGAAAACCGUUUCUGUGAACACAAACGUCUCAACAUGUCCACGCUGAGGAUGACCUGGGAGGCCAAAGUCCAGCUGAAGGACAUCCUGGUGAACUCUGGGUUUCCUGAAGAGUGUCUGAUGACGCAGAUGUUCAACACAGUGGGGCCCGACAACAACCUGGACGUGGUGGUAUCUCUGCUGACCUACGGCUCCUACCCCAACGUCUGCUACCACAAAGAGAAAAGGAAGAUCCUGACCACCGAGGGGCGCAACGCCCUCAUCCACAAGUCCUCCGUCAACUGCCCCUUCAGCAGCCACGACAUCAAAUACCCCUCGCCGUUCUUCGUCUUUGGAGAGAAGAUCCGGACCCGAGCGAUCUCGGCUAAAGGGAUGACUCUGGUGAGUCCUCUGCAGCUGCUGCUGUUCGCCUGCAAGAAGAUCAGCUCCAACGGAGAAAUCAUGGAGCUCGACGACUGGAUCAAGCUGAAGAUUCCUCACGAGGUGGCGGGCGGAAUCGCCAUCCUGCGAGCCGGACUGGAGGCUUUGGUGGUGGAGGUGACCAAAGAUCCCGAAUACAUCAACCAGAUGGACCAAAGCAACGAGAGGCUGCUGAACGUCAUCAGACAGGUGUCCAAACCGUCGGCUGCUGGAAUCAACCUGAUGGCUGGCAACCAGAGGAUGGGAGACGGACCACGCCCUCCAAAGAUGGCGCGCUUUGAUGGAGAAGGAGGUGGAGGAGGGUACAGGGGAGGAAGAGGAGGGGGAGGUUACGCAGCAGGUGGGGGAGGAUACGGAGGGUACAGAGGGGGUGGAGGAUACAGGGGAGGCGGAGGUUAUGGAGGAGGUGGAGGAGGGUACAGGGGAGGAGGUGGCUACAGGGGAGGAGGUGGCUACAGGGGUGGAUAUGGAGGAGGAGGUGGUGGGGGUUAUAGAGGAGGUGGGGGUUACAGAGGAGGAUAUUAAACAGAAAGUGAAUUUUUAAAUGUUAAGUUUGGAUCCUCGAAAAUCCUCUGAAGUCUCUUAGUUUGUGUUUUUAUUGUUUCCAAUAAAUCUGAUGUUUCCACCCGA